AUUUUAAAAGGAAAAGGAGAUUCCCCUUUUUCUUCCAAAAGAGAUUGAGAGAAAAGAAAAAAAGAAAUGAUUGGAGGAAGAGCAAAUGAGUUGGCUCUCUACACUCAAAAAGGGGAAGAAAAGACAGAGCAUGCAACCGAUUUUGUGUGUGGAUCCAAAAAAAUUUCCACUCGUGUUGUAAUAUAAAUGGAGAUUCGGAUUCAGCGUCUUUUUUGACCCUUCAAACUCUACCUCCUACAAAUUCGAAUCCGAUUCUUCAACAAACCAAAACAGUCUGUUCAUCGUUGUUUUUGGUAGUAAAACAACAAGUGAUUUUAUGCCAAUUUCAAAGGCGCAGGGAAGGAGAAGACCGGAGAGUUGUUGUUUUUCGCUGUAUUAAUCCAAGCUUUCGUCGCAUUUUUUCUUUCCUGUUUCUUUCGAUUAUGGUGGCUACUAAGGCCGACGGUUUGCUUGAUACUGGCCAUGCUCGUCUUAAUGAGCUCGGAUACAAACAAGAACUCAAGCGCGACCUCUCGGUUGUUUCUAAUUUCGCGUUUUCGUUUUCGAUUAUCUCGGUUCUCACUGGUAUAACCACUCUUUACAAUAAUGGGUUGAAUUUUGGUGGCCCUGUUUCGUUGGUUUAUGGAUGGUUUAUUGCUGGUGUUUUCACCAUGUUUGUUGGAUUGUCCAUGGCUGAGAUUUGUUCUUCGUAUCCAACUUCUGGUGGUCUCUACUAUUGGAGUGCUAAGCUUGCGGGUCCUAAUUGGGCUCCCUUUGCCUCUUGGAUGACUGGCUGGUUUAACAUUGUUGGACAGUGGGCAGUCACAACAAGUGUUGAUUAUUCACUUGCUCAGCUAAUUCAAGUGAUAGUUCUGCUUAGCACAGGGGGUAAAAACAAUGGAGGAUAUGAGGCAUCUAAAUAUGUAGUGAUUGUUUUCCAUGGUGCAAUUUUGUUGGUACAUGCUAUCUUGAAUAGCCUGUCCAUUUCAUGGUUGUCUUUCUUUGGACAGUUUGCUGCAGCAUGGAACUUUUUUGGUGUUUUUCUUCUUACGUUCCUCGUCCCCUUGGUGGCAACGGAAAGGGCCAGUCCCAAGUUUGUUUUCACUCAUUUCAAUACUGAUAAUGGGGAAGGAAUUAACAAUAGACUUUACAUUUUUAUUUUGGGACUUCUAAUGAGUCAAUAUACCCUAACUGGGUAUGAUGCUUCUGCUCAUAUGACAGAAGAAACAAUAGAAGCUGAUAAGAAUGGACCAAAGGGAAUUAUUAGCUCCAUUGGGAUAUCAAUUGUUGUUGGUUGGUGUUAUAUACUCGGCAUCACUUUUGCCAUUACCAGCAUCCCAAGCCUUUUAGAUGAAAACAAUGAUGCUGGAGGUUAUGCCAUUGCUGAAAUAUUUUACCAAGCAUUCAAGAGCAGAUAUGGCAAUGGAGUUGGAGGAAUUAUUUGCUUGAUUGUGGUAGCUGUUGCAAUCUUUUUCUGUGGAAUGAGCUCUGUCACCAGCAACUCCAGGAUGGCUUACGCAUUCUCCAGAGAUGGAGCGAUGCCAUUUUCGCCAACGUGGCAUAAAGUGAAUGGAAAUGAGGUCCCCAUAAAUGCAGUUUGGCUCUCUGCUCUCAUAUCGUUUUGUAUGGCAUUAACGUCUCUUGGAAGCACAGUGGCCUUUAAUGCUAUGGUUUCCAUAGCAACAAUUGGUCUAUACAUUGCAUAUGCCUUGCCCAUAUUUUUUAGAGUGACUUUGGCAAAGAACUCCUUUGUGCCAGGACCUUUCAACUUGGGCCGCUAUGGAAUCGUCAUUGGUUGGGUGGCUGUUCUCUGGGUGGCUACAAUCUCGGUCUUCUUUUCAUUGCCUGUCGAAUACCCCGUUACAGACACAACUCUUAAUUACACUCCCAUCGCAGUUGGCUGCUUGUUGAUCAUUACCAUUUCUACCUGGGUUGUGAGUGCUAGACAUUGGUUCAAAGGGCCAGUGACCAACAUACCAAUAUGAAGCUGUAGUCUAUGGAAAUAGUUCUCUCUUCUUUCAAAUAAACAAGAGAGUUAGACUUUUUUUAGUUUAUUGUUUUCUUUCUUUCUUUCUUUUUCCAAUAACUGUUUUGCAUCUAGGGCUUAUGGUUGUUACAAUUGUUCAAGAAUUAUAGAAUAUGAUCGCUUUAAAUAGGCACUGUAAAAAGAAGAAAUCGAAUGUGUAGUUCAUUGCUGAAAUACUUACUUUGGAAUGUAAUACAUAUCCCAACUUUAUACAUCAUCUUUUUCCAA